AUGAAACUCAUUGAGCCUAACGCAUUGAAUGUUCAUUGUAAUAUCCCCACUGACCACCGGCAACACAAAGGUCAUCGAUCUGGAAGGUCAUGUUUACUUAUCAAAGAAGGAUCUACGUGCAUUUCGUUUUUGUUUGAUCCACCCGUCAGUAAACAAACACAGCAGCAAAGCAAUAAAAUAACGGAAUAUUUUAUUAAAUGA